CUCCUCCGCGUCCACGAAUAUUCUGGACUCCUCCAGCGCACGGAACCGCCAUGGCCAAACCUUCCUUUCCCCUUCAUGCUUCGCCGUAUAUAACCCGGCCUCCCUUCUCUCUCUCCCUUCAUCACCAAUCCAAGCAAGAAACCAAAGCAAUCGAUUCUUCCAAGCAAGCAAACUCAGCGAGCGUGCAAGAAAGCGUCGGCUACACCGCAGUUGUUCAAGGAAUCAAUCCAUCGGUCAUGGACAAGGUGCUGGCCUUCUCCAUCCUCAGCGCCUCGCCGGCCGACAUCGCCCCCGGCUCCGACGCCACCGGCGGCAGCUGGGCCCGGCUGUCGUGGCGGGGCCAAGGCGCUCAGACGGCGGAGGCAGAGCAGCAGCAGCUAGGCAGAAAGGGGAAAUCGCAGUCGCAGAUUCCGCCGCAAGAGGAGACAAGGCGGCCGCGGUUUGCGCCGGAGUUCGACGGGAUCGACUGCUUCGAGACCAUCGUAUGGCGCUAGGGAAUCAAUCGCGAGAUGAAACCGUUCGACGAUGAUUCUUGUUUCGCCUGAGAAUGCGUGUUCUUUGGGUUUUGAUGACAUGUU